AUGAAGACAGAUUUCCGAGAAUUCCAUCCAUACGAUUUUAUUCACGAAUGGAAACGAGUCGGUUUACUGGUGGUUAUCCUGUUUGUUGCACCAUUAUCGUAUUUUUUAAUGGAAUGGUCGUUGGAUAGCAGCGAUUAUGGUGGCUUAUCGUCAUUUUAUACUCCAAGAUUUUCUUUGGACCAAAUGCGUGAAUUUGCUUUUAAAAAUAGUAUCCUGACGGAUUUUAAGCCGGCAUUUUACGCUCGACGCAGCGUUUCAUUCAAUCGUAUCUUAGGGGAUGUCGAAAACAGGUUUGACAUGGAGGAAAAUGAUGUAAUUGUAUUUCUUCAUGUACAAAAAACAGCUGGAACAAGUUUUGAGCGAUACCUUGUAAGGCACUUAAACAUUUCCCUACCAUGCUUUUGCCGUCCCGGUAAAAAACGUUGCCAGUGCUACCGACCAGGACGAAGGAGAGGGAUUUGGCUAUUUUCAAGAUUUUCUACUGGAUGGAUAUGUGGUUUACAUGCCGAUUUUACUGAACUGUACGUGUCUGGUUGCGUUGAUAAUGCGCUGGACAGGAAAGAAGGCAAUAUUUAUCUUUGUCUUCAUAGAAAACGACGUUACUUCUACACAACCUUUUUACGGGAGCCAGUAUCUCGGUUUAUUUCUGAAUAUCGGCACGUUGAACGUGGAGCUACAUGGCUUGGUGAUCGGCAUGUAUGUAAUGGUCGUCCGCCAAGUCCUGAGCAACUUCCGAUGUGUUUCGAUCCAGACGUUGGUUGGGAUGGAGUUUCUUUAGACGACUUUCUAGCAUGUCCAUUCAAUCUUGCUUUCAACAGACAAACACGAAUGUUGGCGGAUCUGACAUUAGUACACUGUUACGAUUUGCACUCUAUGGAUCCAGCAACAAGGGAUAAGAUUAUGUUGGAAAGUGCAAAAAAUAAUCUAAAAAAUUUUGCAUUUUUUGGCUUAAAGGAACAUAUGAGCGAAAGUCAAUGGAUGUUUGAACAAUUAUUCCAACUAAAAUUUACAAGAGAUCUUUCUGAGUGGCAAAAAAGUAAAUCCAACGAUACAGUAAUAACUGAACACCAGAUGCGCUUAAUUCGAAAACGAAAUGAAUUGGAUUUACAGUUAUACGCUUACGCUGAAAAACUGUUUUUUAAAAGAUUGAAACAAAUGCGUUCGGAUGAUUAUUUUAUAAACAAUCAAAAGUCGUCAAAUAUAUCUGCAUUAUCAAAUCAGCUAGCAGGUUAG